CUAGGAUUGGCAACACUGUUGUAAUAUUGUUGCGUAUGAAAACGAAGCAUGGCGAAAGGCAAGAAAACAGAAUCUUUGGGAAAAAGUUUAAUCAGAGAUAAAAGACUUAAAACAGCGAAUCGUAAGAAUAAAAGCCAGCUGCAUACAACAGAUUUACAAGAUGGAUAUGAUUGGGCUAAACUCAAUUUAAAAAGUGUUACUGAAGAGAGUAGCUUGGAAGAAUUUUUGGCCACUGCUGAACUUGCCGGAACUGAAUUUACAGCAGAAAUUAAUUUAUAUGGUGCAAUGAAGAAUCAGUCACUUAUUUGUGAUAGCAUGCAACCAUUCUGGAAUGAAAAAACGUCGAAAGAAGAACUUUUAACUCUGGAAAAAGAAACAUUUUUAUUAUGGAGGCGUCAGCUUGCUCAGUUACAAGAAAAAGAAAAUAUCAUUCUAACUCCAUAUGAAAAAAAUAUUGAAUUUUGGAGACAACUCUGGAGAGUUGUAGAGAGGAGUGACAUUGUAGUUCAAAUAGUAGAUGCUAGAAAUCCUUAUUUAUUUUGGUGUGAAGAUCUAGAAACUUUGGUUAAAGAAAUAAGUAAGGAAAAAAUUACAGUCAUCUUAUUAAACAAGUCUGAUUAUCUCACUCCUUUACAAAGAGAAAUGUGGGCAGAUCAUUUUAACAAUAUUGGAAGAAAUGCAAUUUUUUUUUCAGCAUUACAACAGAACAAUCCUGAGAAUACAGAAAUUAUAUCAUCAUCACUAGAAAAAAUAAAUCUGGAGGCGCAGGAUAGAUUAUUGGAGGCAGGAAAAUUACCUCAAACAAAAAAUAACUUUAAAACAUCUCCAAAUUUAUUAACAAGAAAUGAAUUAUUGGAAUUAUUUAAAAAUUUGCACUUAGAAUCUAAAGUAAAAGGUUCAUUCAGAACCAUUGGAUUGGUGGGAUAUCCCAAUGUAGGCAAAAGUAGUACCAUAAAUGCUCUUCUUCAAUGUAAAAAAGUGUCGGUGUCUGCCACCCCAGGGAAAACAAAGCAUUUUCAGACGCUGAUGAUUGAUUCCGAGUUGUGUCUGUGCGAUUGUCCCGGACUAGUAUUUCCCAACUUCGUUUCCAGCAGAGCCGAAAUGAUUCUGAACGGUAUCCUAUCGGUCGAUAAUGCCACGGACCCUCUUUCCGCCGUCUCUCUCAUAACGGACGUCGUUCCCGAGCACGUGCUACGAGCUACCUAUAACCUGUUCCUUCCCACGUCUGGUGAAGGUUCAGAUUCUCAUCCAUCCCUCACCGCUCGAGAGUUCCUGGAAGCCUACGGCCAGACCAGAGGACUAUUGACUGGCGGUGGACUUCCCGACGUUUCUCGGGCGGCCCGGCGAGUUCUGAAAGACUUCGCCGACGGAAGACUGCUGUAUUGUCGGGCUCCUCCCGGAGUCGAUCAGAAGACCUUCCACCCCUUUCCCGAUGCCGGUUCUCGGAUUGCGCAUCCCCAACCAGAAGAGAAAGAGUUCGUCCGAGAGUUAGACCGGAACUUCUUCGGAAAGGCCUUAUCGUCGGUCCAUACCAAGGACGCAGGAAGGCAACCUGGCUCGACCGGAAGUUCAUCUGUGCCGGAAGGGAAGCCUUGGAAGAAACAUUAUAAUAGAAACAAAAAGGAGAAACUGAGACGAGUGUACGCACAUUUAGACCAGUGACUUGUACAUAUUUCUGUUGUAAUUCCGCCUCCCCACUAUUAAAACAUGUACAGUACAGACUCAAAAA